ACAUGCAUCAGGGCUGAGGUGUUUUAUACUAGUGGUUUUUAUAAAGCAAAAUAUGUAUUUCUGACAUCAAAGUCGUCAGUCUGGACAAAUAUAUUUCAUUGUCUAAAUUCAUUUGCACAUUAUACGAGUUAAAAAGACACGUGUAAAAGAGAGGGCGCAUUUUGGAGAGGCGUUUUGGGGGCAUUUUAACAAAUUAAACAUGGUAGUGUGGCUCGCCCUAUAAGCCUCCAGCCUACUGCCUGUGCGUACCAAUCAAUUGGUACAUUGAAACAGUGCAAGGAUACGUUACUAUAGCGAGGAGACCUGCAGGCUCGCUUUAUCUCCGGAUAUUGGGACCUCUCUACAAUGUCAUAUCCACAAUUCGGAUAUCCCUACUCGUCUGUACCACAAUUCCUCAUGACAACCAACUCGUUGACAACUUGCUGCGAGUCUAGCGGCAGAAGCAUCGCUGACUCCAGGGUGACAGCCUCCGCCCAGACGCCGGUCUACUGCCCAGUGUACGAGAGCCGGUUGUUGGCCACCGCCAGACACGAGCUGAGCUCCGCAGCUGCUCUGGGGGUGUAUGGGAACCCGUACACCGGGAGUCAAGGCUAUGGAAAUUACGUUACUUAUGGAACCGACGCGUCUGCUUUCUACUCGCUGGGGACAUACGAUACCAAAGAUGCAACAGCACCCGCGCAUGCAGGGAUAACCCAGGCUACAGCGUACUACCCCAUUGACCCCACUCUGGGACAUUAUCAGUACGACAGAUAUGGCUGUAUGGAUGGAGGGACCAGGAGGAAGAACGCCACCCGGGAGACAACCAGCACACUGAAGGCCUGGCUACAGGAGCACAGGAAGAACCCCUACCCCACCAAGGGAGAGAAGAUCAUGUUGGCCAUCAUUACCAAAAUGACCCUGACGCAGGUGUCCACCUGGUUUGCAAACGCCAGGAGGAGGCUGAAGAAGGAGAACAAGAUGACGUGGCCUCCGAGGAACAAGUGUUCUGAUGAGAAGAGAUAUGAUGAGGAUGAUGAGGCGUCUCAGGAGGAGAAUAUCAACAGUGAGAACAACGAUGAUGAGAAAGAUAAGGAUCUCGCGCUGAGUGACCUGGAUGACUUCGACAUGAUCGAAUCAGAGAGCUCGGAGUGCGAGCUCAAACACCAGUACCUCAUGAACACUCACAUGACGACAACUGACUGUUCGAACGACCAUCUGAAGGACACAUCUUUAAAGAUCAACAUACCUGUGUCCCUGGGCGGGGAGCAGCAGCACAGUAAAACCUCACCAGAGGGCUGCGACAGCCGGCAGGAGAAAGCUUGCUACCAACAACAGAUACUGGACGGCAAACCACGGAUUUGGUCGUUGGCCCAGACGGCCACGUCUCUGAACCAGGCGGAGUACCCGUCCUGUAUGUUGAGGUGUCAGCCUCAGCCGGGCCUGCCCGCCUCUCCGGCCGCCUCCUCUAUCACGGUUCUAGACAGACGGCAGGACUCUCCCGUUACAACUCUCAGAAACUGGGUGGAUGGGGUUUUCCACGACCCGUUGUUCAGACACAGUACUUUGAACCAGGCCCUGACCAACACCACGGUCUCGUGGACCACGACCACCAAGGGUUCGAUACUAGAGACCGGUGUUCUGGAACGUUCUGUUGGGAGCGUCAAAGGACUUCCGUCUCUACAGCACCAAGACUCCACGAAGGACAAUAUGAAUUUACAUAAAACUGUUAACAAACACUUCUGCUCUUAACACACCAAACCUGCUUUAGUUUAUUAUUCUGUGGGGGUUACUUUUUUGUUGUUGCAAGGAUAUAUUUAUGUAAUCAUAUUGGCAUUUCACUGGUGAAACUUCCAAACAGGAUUCGUUUGAGCGUAUUGCUAUUUCGUUAAAAAGCACGUGGGCCCGCCUACAAAUCUACUGUAUCUAAAUGUAUAACUGACAGUUAACAUUAUAAAUAUGUUUUUUUACACUAUUCUUUUUCUUAUGGCAUGCAGAUGUUAAUCAUUUCUAUUAAACAUUC